CGUGAGUGUAUUUCUAUACAUAUUGGUCAAGCAGGUGCCCAAAUUGGCAAUGCAUGUUGGGAGUUGUAUUGUCUAGAACAUAAUAUUGGUAAAGAUGGAAAAGUUGCAGAGGAGGGAAGCCUAUCCGGAAUACAAAAUCGAAAACCGGAAAAUCAGUCUAUCACAACAUUCUUCUCGGAAUCAUCUGGUGGCAAAUACGUUCCUCGAGCUAUUUACAUUGAUUUAGAGCCUACUGUACUUGAUGAAAUUCGUUGUGGUCCAUUCAAGCAACUUUUUCAUCCGGAACAAUUAAUUAGUGGUAAAGAAGAUGCAGCUAAUAACUAUGCACGUGGCCAUUAUACUAUCGGUAAAGAGCAUAUUGAUAAGGUGUUGGAUAAAAUUCGAAAACAGACGGAACAAUGUAUGGGAUUACAAGGUUUUUUGGUAUUCCAUAGUUUUGGUGGUGGUACUGGAUCCGGAUUUUCAUCACUACUAAUGGAACGACUUUCUGUUGAAUAUGGUAAAAAAUCAAAACUUGAAUUUAGUAUCUAUCCAGCACCACAGGUAUCAACAGCUGUUGUUGAACCAUAUAAUUCAAUUCUAACCACUCAUACAACAUUGGAGCAUUCCGAUUGUUCCUUUAUGGUUGACAACGAAGCAAUUUAUGAUAUUUGUCGUCGAAAUCUUGACAUCGAAAGGCCAUCAUAUGUCAAUUUAAAUCGGCUUAUUGCGCAAAUUGUUUCAUCCAUUACCGCAUCAUUACGUUUCGACGGCGCUUUAAAUGUUGAUUUGACUGAAUUUCAGGCAGUAUGCUUACUGUAUCGUGGUGAUGUUGUACCGAAAGAUGUAAAUGCUGCAAUUUCUAUGGUUAAAACAAAACGUGGAAUACAAUUUGUUGAUUGGUGUCCGACUGGAUUUAAAGUUGGCAUUAAUUAUCAACCACCAACUGUUGUCCAUGGUGGCGAUCUAGCAAAGGUACAUCGAGCCGUUUGUAUGCUAUCAAAUACUACCGCAAUAGCUGAAGCAUGGGCUCGAUUGGAUCAUAAAUUUGAUUUAAUGUAUUCAAAACGUGCAUUUGUUCAUUGGUAUGUUGGUGAAGGUAUGGAAGAAGGUGAAUUUACGGAAGCACGUGAAGAUUUAGCUGCAUUAGAAAGAGAUUAUGAUGAGGUUAGUAAAGAUUCCGCAGCACUUAGCGAUGAUGAAGAAGGAAGUGAAUAUUAA